AUUAGCAAAUUCAUGACUGAUUGAUUUCAUCUGGUCAACCAGUUUCUAAGCAUUAAGUGAGAAUUCACAGCAACGGGUAUCUCAGGUCCCUUUGAAGUAGAUGGUCCGUUACCAAACCUUGCACUGACGGCUCACAGUUUAGGUUCAUUACGGUAACACAAAUGCGAACAUAAAGUAAACUAAAUACUCCAACCUAAAAGAGGUGCUGUGCACGUUGGAAGCACGAGUCGCUGCACCUUCAUAAAUGAAUCAUAUCUCCUGACGAGGCAACAGAAUAAGGAUUACCGCAGUGUUCGUCAACACAACAGAGUGAUAAGAAGAAUCCAAGCGUGUCCUGGCGAGCUGGACACAAUGGCAUCACCAACUCCUCUAUCCAAGGCCAACACCUCUUUCUCUCUGGCUUUGCUCCAAAAGCUGGGUGACGACGACAAGACCGCAAAUGUCUUCUACUCCCCUUUCAGCAUCUCUUCAGCCCUGGCUAUGGUGUUGCUGGGGGCCAGGGGCAACACAGCCAAACAGAUGUCAGAGUCCCUGAAAACCAAAGAUUUACAGGAUGAUGUUCACGUUAGCUUUGCCCAACUGCUGAGCGAGCUCAACAAGGCAGACGCUCCGUAUGCCCUCAGUGUUGCUAACAGGCUGUAUGGAGAGCAGUCCUACCAGUUUAUCGAGGAUUUCUUAGGAAAAACCAAGAAGCACUACAAAGCAGAGCUGGAGCCUUUGGACUUCAAAACCAGCUCAGAGUCAGCCAGGGUCCACAUCAAUAGCUGGGUGGAGAAGCAGACACAAGGUAAAAUUAAGGAUGUGCUGGCCCAGGGUGCGGUGGACAACAUGACCAGGCUGGUGCUGGUCAAUGCUAUGUACUUCAAAGGAAGUUGGAACAAGCCGUUUGAGAAGAUUGACACACGUGAUGCUCAAUUUAGGCUCAACAAGAAUGACACUAAGCCAGUGAAGAUGAUGUAUCAAGAUACCAACUUCCCCCUCACCUCUAUCUCUGAAGCCAACUGCCAGAUCCUAGAGAUGCCGUACAAAGGAAAGGAGCUCAGCAUGCUCAUCUUUCUACCAAAUGAAUUAGAGGACAGUACAACAGGUCUGGAGAAGCUGGAGAAGACGCUGACCUAUGAGAACUUUGUGGAGUGGACGCGCCCAGACAUGAUGAAUGACAUUGAGGUCCAGGUGGGGCUGCCUCGAUUCAAGAUGGAGGAGAAGUAUGACAUGAAGAAUGUCCUGAUCAGCAUGGGCAUGGUGGAUGCCUUCGACGUGGCUUCGAGUGACUUCUCUGGCAUGUCUCCCGCCAAUGACCUAGUACUGUCAAAAGUCGUCCACAAGGCUUUCGUGGAGGUCAACGAGGAGGGAACUGAGGCUGCAGCUGCCACUGGUGUUUCCAUUCAGCUUCAGUGUCUCAGACUUGUAUCAGCCAGGUUCAUCGCAGACCACCCCUUCCUCUUCUUCAUCCGACAUAACCCCUCCAUGAGCAUUCUCUUUGCUGGCCGAUACUGCUCCCCCGAGUGAACGCUACAUCGUUCAGAGCAGUGUUGUUUCUCAACAUCAACUAUUAUAAUGUUAUAAAAUGUUAUUUGGUGUUGCAAGACCGGGAUGAAGAAUAAAAACUAUGGUGUUAGAUUUUCUGAA